AUGCCAGGAGGACGGCGCGGGCUCGUCGCGCCGCAGAACACCUUCCUGGAGAACAUCAUCCGGCGCUCCAGCUCGCAGCCGGACAGCAGCUUCCUGCUGGCCAACGCGCAGAUAGUGGACUUCCCCAUCGUCUACUGCAACGAGUCCUUCUGCAAGAUCUCGGGCUACAACCGCGCCGAGGUGAUGCAGAAGUCGUGCCGGUGCACCUUCAUGUACGGCGAGCUGACCGACAAGGAGACUAUCGCGCGUAUCGACGAGUGCCUCGAGAACCAGAUCCACGACCAGUUCGAGAUCCUGCUCUACAAGAAGAACAGCACUCCAAGAGGUAUGUCACACACAACAAGCUGCCGCAUAGCGAGUGAACCUAGCAUAAGGCAAGUAGAAGCAAAACAAGUGAGACUGAUACUCUACAAGUUGCAGAAAACUUCACACAAAAUUUCUAAUAAUUAA